AUGCCUGUGGUGAAGGCGGAGGACGAGGUCGCAUCCCAGACCGUGGUGGAGAAGAUGGACUCCCAGAACACGGACCCUCCCAAGGGUCGGCGCAGGAAGAGACCCCUGCAGAGAGGAAAGCCGCCCUACAGCUACAUCGCCCUCAUUUCCAUGGCCAUCGCCAGCUCGCCGGAUCGACGGCUGACCCUCGGCGGCAUCUACAAGUUCAUCACCGACCGCUUCCCGUUUUACCGGGACAACUCCAAAAAGUGGCAGAACUCCAUCCGGCACAAUCUCACCCUCAAUGACUGCUUCGUGAAAAUCCCCCGCGAGCCGGGGCGGCCUGGAAAGGGCAACUACUGGGCGCUGGACCCGAACGCGGAGGACAUGUUCGAGAGCGGGAGCUUCCUGCGCCGCCGUAAGCGAUUCAAGCGCUGUGACUUCACCUCCUACACCGGACCGAUGCCGUACCCUCACGAUUCUGCCAUCUUCUCACCCGUGCAAAUCGCGUCCUCCGUCUACGGACCCGUCUACCCUCCGUACCCGCAGCCCAUCUCCUCGCCGUACUAUCCGCCCGCGUCGUCCGGGUUCGGGCCGGUCCAGUCCCGGUUGUUCAGCAUCAACACUAUAAUCGGACCCGGCAAUUUGGGACACAGCCCGCCGGAGACCUCGCACACGCCGGUGCAGGCGGCGUGCCGAAACUUCGGGCAGGACGCAGGGGGGAUGUCGUGCUCGCUGAACUCUAAUCACAUCGCCUUCUCGUACGCCAACACCGGGAGCCACGGGUACGGCCAGGCAGCGCAGGGGGUGCUGGCGCACAACGCCGGGCCGGGCUACGUCCACAACGGGCGACUGGGGGUGGCCGGGUCCUCGCCCAUCAGCGCAGACGUGCCCAACGACCCCUACGUCCACAAUAACCCCUCGGGAGGGUACAUGAGGCAUGCCUCGUACCCGGCCUGCAUGGACAGGUUCGUACCCGCCAUCUAG